GCCCCCACACGCCCGUCCCGCUCGGCGUUAGCAUGGGCACGGUGCUCUCCCUCUCGCCCGCCCCCUCCUCGGGCAAGGGCGGCGGCGGCGGGGGUCUGCUGGCCGACAAGGCUCCGGGAAGGGUGCCGGGCAAGGGCGAGAGCCGGCUGAAGCGCCCCGGCGUGCUCAUCUCGGCGCUCACCUGGAAGCGGCUGGUGGCCGCCUCGGCCAAGAAGAAGAAGAACACCAAGAAGGUGACGCCGAAUCCCGGUGGCGGGGCCCCGGGGGGGGGCCCGGAGCAGCCCGACCCGCUGGUCGUCCAGCGCAACCGCGAGAACUUGCGCAAGUCGGUGGUGGCGCCGACCGACGGCGCCAAGCAGGGCCCGCUGGCCGUGCCGGUGCCCACCGUGCCCUCGGCGCCGCAGGAGCUGCACCCGGGCUCCGGUGGGGGCAAACCACCGCCGCCGCCGCCGCCGCCGGCCGGCAGCCGCGCCCCGGGCUCCCCUCGCCGUGUGGUGGUGCAGGCGUCCACCGGCGAGCUGCUGCGCUGCCUGGGGGACUUCGUGUGCCGCCGCUGCUACCGGCUGAAGGAGCUGAGCCCCGGCGAGCUCAUCUCCUGGUUCCGCAGCGUGGACCGCUCGCUGCUGCUGCAGGGCUGGCAGGACCAGGGCUUCAUCACCCCGGCCAACCUGGUGUUCGUCUAUCUGCUGUGCCGGGAAGCGCUGCGGGGUGAAGACAUCGGGACGCAGGCCGAGCUGCAGGCCUCCUUCCUCACCUGUCUCUAUCUCGCCUACUCCUACAUGGGCAACGAGAUCUCCUACCCGCUCAAGCCCUUCCUGGUGGAAGGCGACAAGGGGCGCUUCUGGGAGCGCUGCCUGGGCAUCAUCCAGCGCCUCAGCGCCAAGAUGCUGCGAAUCAACGCGGACCCGCACUACUUCACGCAACUCUUCCAGGACCUCAAGAGCGAGGGCGAGGGCGGAGACGGGUCCAAGCACUGGACGAUCAGCCUGGACCGUUAGGGAGGUACCGGACCCCCAGCACCGGGGUGGAAGGGGCCGCGCAAAGAGGGGCGGGGGAGGCGGAGGACUGCGGGAACCCCCCUCCCCCCCCAACUCCCCGCAUCCUCCUCGCCUUCCUCCCUCCCCAGCCGCCAGCUCCACGGAGACGUUGCCUAGACCCUCCUUGCUCCGGAUCCGGCCUCUCCCCCCCCCCCCCCCCCUCUAUUCCGACCCCCUGGGGGCUGCGCUCCGGGACACCGAGACGGCAGAGAAGACCGGAGGAAAGGGGGGGGGGACACACUGUUCCUCCCCCUUGCGCGAUGGGGAAGCGAGGGCGGCUGCCUGGAUGCGUUUUCUCUAGAAUAAAAAGGGGGGGGGGUAAGAAAAUGGAUA